CAAAGUGUUUCUAACCCUCUUUAAUCCUAGUAUUAUCUUAAUGCGGAGUUCCAGUGAUUUAUAUACGUCGAUGAUAAACCGUAAAAGUGAUCAGUGUAGAGAUAUUUGCCAGAAAAAUGUUGAAAUGCAGUCGGGGCGUUUUCGGUGUGCUCCGGGACUGGGCUGGGUCGGUAGUUCCGCUUCCCCUCCGCCAUUGCGCUGCUUCCCAGGGCUGGAGUUUAAAGAAUAAAAAAGAAACACGGGGAAAAGCGACCGCAUGUUAAGUUUAUGAGCGGAUACUUUAGUUAAUCUGCGCUUCUGGGGCUGCUGAGAGAGCCAGGUAGGCUGCAGUUUUGCUGGCGAGUUUGCGACGGACUUUGCUGGGCGGCGCCAGUGUGCUUCUGCUGCUCCCCCUCCCCCCUCCCCCCACCGACCCCAGAGGGCCUCUGACAUGUCAGACAACGGGGAGAUGGAGGACAAGCCCCCCGCUCCCCCUGUCAGGAUGAGCAGCACCAUCUUUAGCAGCGGCGGCAAGGACCCCCUGUCGGCCAAUCACAGCUCCAAGCCCCUGCCAUCCGUGCCUGAGGAGAGGAAGCGGAACAAGAUCAUCUCCAUAUUUGGGGUGGAGAAAGGCAGCAAGAAGAAGGAGCGACCCGAGAUCUCACCGCCCUCGGACUUCGAGCACACCAUCCAUGUUGGCUUCGACGCUGUAACGGGGGAGUUUACCGGCAUGCCUGAGCAGUGGGCGCGGCUCCUCCAGACGUCCAACAUCACCAAGUCCGAGCAGAAGAAGAACCCACAGGCUGUACUGGACGUGCUCAAGUUCUACGACUCCACCGGCAACAACAAGCAGAAAUACCUCAGCUUCUCCUCAGAAAAAGACGGGUUUCCAUCAGGUGCUCAGCCGCCUGCCAAGAAGGGCACAGAGCCGUCUGUGGCCCAAUCGCAGGACCUCGACGACGACGAUGAAGAGGCCCCUCCCCCCGUGGUUGCACCGCGGCCGGAGCAUACCAAAUCAGUGUACACACGCUCCGUCAUCGAUCCCAUCCCCCUCCCAACGACGAGCCCAGAGGGUGACGCUGCCAGCAGGGCCGCAGACAAGCAGAAGAAGAAGGGAAAGAUGACGGAUGAGGAGAUCAUGGACAAACUGCGAACCAUUGUCAGUAUCGGAGACCCCAAGAAGAAGUACACGCGAUACGAGAAGAUCGGCCAGGGGGCUUCCGGCACAGUGUUCACAGCUAUCGACGUUGCCACGGGACAGGAGGUGGCUAUCAAGCAGAUCAACCUGCAGAAGCAGCCCAAGAAGGAGCUGAUCAUCAAUGAGAUCCUGGUGAUGAAGGAGCUGAAGAACCCUAACAUCGUCAACUUCCUGGACAGUUUCCUGGUGGGAGACGAGCUCUUCGUAGUGAUGGAGUACCUCGCCGGUGGCUCCCUGACCGAUGUGGUGACAGAGACCUGCAUGGACGAGGCACAGAUUGCUGCUGUGUGUCGAGAGUGUCUUCAGGCCCUGGAGUUCCUACAUGCCAACCAGGUGAUCCAUAGGGACAUCAAGAGUGACAAUGUCCUUUUGGGCAUGGACGGCUCCGUCAAGCUCACCGACUUUGGCUUCUGUGCCCAGAUCACCCCCGAGCAGAGCAAGCGCAGCACCAUGGUGGGCACGCCCUACUGGAUGGCCCCCGAGGUCGUGACCCGGAAGGCCUAUGGCCCUAAGGUGGACAUCUGGUCGCUGGGCAUCAUGGCCAUCGAGAUGGUGGAAGGAGAGCCUCCGUAUCUCAAUGAGAACCCGCUGAGGGCGCUGUACCUGAUUGCCACUAACGGCACCCCAGAGCUGCAGAACCCUGAGAAGCUGUCCCCCAUCUUCCGGGAUUUCCUGAACCGCUGUUUGGAGAUGGAUGUCGAGAAGAGGGGCGGCGGCAAGGAACUUCUGCAGCAUCCUUUCCUGAAGCUGGCUAAGCCCUUGUCCAGCCUGACGCCUCUCAUCCUGGCCGCCAAGGAGGCAAUGAAGAGCAACCGCUAGUCCCCCCCCCAGUUGUCAUGACAGUGCUCAAUCCCCUUCCCCUCACACAUACUCACCCAUGCCAUCAGCAGUUUUAAACUCCUACCAAAAAAUCAGGCCAACACAAAGACUGUAUGGCUGCCCUACCCACCACAAGGGGGAGUGUUCUUCUUUCUUAGCCUUUUCAACCUCUCCCCUGUGACUUCACCCAUUGUGUCGGAGUUCCUGCUUGUAGUCUCGCCCAAGGCAGAAGUUUGCCAGGGGAAAGUGCGCCCUCUUGAGGAAUCCAGAUGUAUUGUUUUUCAUUGGUUCAUCUCCAGCUUACCAGAAUCACUGCCUAGAUUCACGGCUGAUUGCGUGAAACGUGCCUGUUUUUCCUGAUGUCACUGUUUUUUUUUUUUUUGUAUAAAUAAAUAAAAUUUGUUAUUGGUGGUGGUCCUGCCUGGUAGAUCACUACCCCUCACCCUGGGCUUUGUGCCUUCUCGGCCCAGGUCACUGUGGUAAACAAUGCUUGCUGUAAGAUGGAUUUUUAUCUGACUGAGAGCUGGAAUGAGCGCUGAUGAUACACUUCAGUAUUUUGGAAACGUAUUUAUGAGCUACGUAGGAACAUAUUUCUGGCACGUUGCAGAAGGUUUUAUAUUUUGUCCAGCCGCCCCCUUGCCCCCCAUACUAGGACAGCAGGGUUACUUUGUUUCUUUAGUCGGAAAAUUCACAGUUCACGCUUCAAAUGUCACAUUUGGCUGACUCAGAGGUGAAAAAUGAAACUUGUACUGUAUCAGAUGAGUGUUUUCUAAUACGAAGGGAUUCGUCAACGUUGAAAAUAAAACUGUAUGUAUAUUGUGUAUUUUGAAAUGAUGAAAAACAUUAGACCUUAGAAAUCAGGGCUUUUUUUUGUCUAGCGUAUGUAUGUAUGAAUGUGUGUUUUUAACUAACAAUGAAACGGACUACCGCCACGGUAAAGUAUUUGCGUUUUUCUCUUCAUUGUCAUGAUGUGAACAGUGGCCAUGUCUGUAUUUCUCUGUGCAUAGUCCUCUUUUUCUAAACUAAAAGCCUUGUUUCUGCAACAUUGAAAAAAAAAUGCGACCCUGUUAAAUAAAAGUGCAUUUUUUAAA